GCACGAGGUGAGAGGUCAGGCCGCUCACGUGACUGAGCCUGGAGCGCGCUGUGAUGGCUGCCGAUCGGCUGCCGGACAAAGAGAAGUUAAUAAGCGAAACGAGGCAGCGCUUUACGAGCGAGUAUUUACAAGAUAAAACUGAGAAAUACGAUUCUCGAGAUGUUGAAAGAUUAAAACAAGAUGAUGUGUGGGUUGAGAGCUAUUUGCAAUGGAGACAUGACAAUGUGGAUGAUACUUUGAAAAUGAUUGAUGAGAGUUUUCAAUGGAGAAAAGAAUUUUCUGUUCAUGAUUUAAGUGAGUCCAAUCUUCCUAAAUGGACCUUUGAAACUGGAGCUGUUUACCUUCAUGGAUACGAUAAAGAAGGCAACAAAAUAUUUUGGUUUAGAGUGAAACUGCACAACAAAGAUACAAAGACAGCUUUGGAAAAAAAGAAGUAUGUUGCCUUCUGGUUAGAACGCUAUUCCAAAAGAGAGCAAGGAAAACCUCUUACGGUGGUAUUCGACCUGACUGAAACUGGAAUAAGCAAUGUAGAUAUGGACUUUGUGCGUUUUAUCAUCAACUGUUUUAAGAUAUAUUAUCCUAAGUACCUUUCCAAAAUGAUCAUAUAUGAAAUGCCAUGGAUUAUGAAUGCUGCCUGGAAGAUUGUGAAAACCUGGUUAGGACCGGAUGCCUUAAGCAUGCUGAAAUUUGCCAGCAAAACAGAAGUACAGGAGUACAUAAAUGUGGAAUAUCUGCCAACACACAUGGGAGGAAUUGAUCCUUUUAAAUACAGCUACCCACCAUUGCCAGAUGAUGAUUUUCAAACACCCAUAUGCGAAAAUGGUCCAAUCCCUAGUGAAGAUGAAGUGGAUGUUAAAGAAAAAGGAGACGGAGAUUGCAAAGAUGCUGUUGAUACCAACCACAAUGAAGAAUCUUUGCUGAAAACUAAAAAGGUCACCUUUGAAAAUGAACGAUCAGAUAUGAAGUCUAAAUCAGUUAAGAAACCACAAACUAUAUUUAGAGGAUCAUUGCUGCAUAUAAGUCCUGCUGAAGAUAUUCACUUUGGUUGUAAAGAAAGUGGAGAAACAAAAUGUUUGAUAGUUUUGACCAAUGUGACAAGGAACCCUGUUGCUUUCAAGGUUAGAACAACAGCGCCUGAUAAAUACAGAGUGAAACCCAGUAAUGGUAGCUUUGAACCUGGUACUUCAAUGGAUAUUUUGGUAUCACUUCAUGGAGGUGUUGAGGCAUCCCCACAGGACAGGUUUUUAGUGAUGGCAGCUGAGAUGAGCCAAGCAGCAGGAGCUGCAGCCCCUCCUGAUCUGAGCCAGUUCUGGAAAGAAGUAGCUAGAGACCAAGUGAUGGAACACAGAUUGAGGUGUCAUGUUGUUGAAAGCUCUAAGGCUCCUACUGUUGCCAAAGAAAAUCUCAUUAAAGGGCAUAUAGCUUUUUCAAACCAAGACGAUUUGCAUUCAAAGAUAAAUAAGUUAUUGGUGUUCAAUAGACAACUGGAAGACCGGAUUGAUCGUUGUCUCAUUUUUCUGCAAUUAUUAACUAUCAUGGUUGCAGUUUUGGUCAUUCACGUUCUAUCCUGGCAUUUCUAAUCCUCAGACAAUUGCAUGUCAACUUUCAGCCAACUUUUUGAUCCAUACAAGAUAUACCAAAGUUGCUGACUUGUUUUGCAUUUCCUCUUCACAAGUUGCCAAUAAUAUGUGAUAUGCUGAAGGCUACAAGAUGACCAAUUUUGUUUUAUAUUUUGCCAUUUUUGAAACUCUUUGAUAAGAUUUAUAAUGUAAGAAAUUAAUGUUAAUGUUGUAAACAAGCUGUCUAGUAAUGAAUCAUGUCUGUGAUUUGGCAGUUGGUCUGCAAUAUACCUUGGUGCUACUAACAACACGAUGCAAAAAUGACUAAACUACUAUUCUCCCCGGGAUUAUUUGGGUAUAAUGCUGAAACCUAUAAGAUGAAUAAAAGCAGGUUGAUCUCUCGGUGCUUGUCAAAUGUGACAAGCAAAAUGUACAACUGAUGUGUUUCUUAUAGCCCCUUAAUUUAUCUGCUCAGUCCUGAAGUUCCUAGAACAAGUUGAAUCUUCUAGCAAGAGGGUUCUGGAGAAAUGACUAGCCAUUUAAUAUCCCCUUUUAAGUGCUAUAGUGAUGACUAUCGAAUGUACCUUUUUUUUUAUAAUCAGAAGGAGAAAGUUAGAAAAUAAUGUUUACUAAAGAAAUGAUAAUGAGAUUUUCUAUUCCAGUGAGUUAUUAACAGAAAUGCAAAUUACUGGGUUUAUACUGAAUGUUUGGAGUAAAUAGUGUAACUAUAGUUAACUCAGUACAUGAACAUUGAUUUUUGUUUAAACUAAUUGAAUGCCACAAGACUUAAAUCGUAAAUAAUCUUGGUCCGUUUUCAUUUUCGUUUUGGAAGAUAAUUUUCCUUUUGAUCUAAAUUUUCUUCCUGUUUGAUAUUUCGUGCCAUGCACAAAAUUCAAAAUCCUAUAACUAAAUGCUAAAUAGCAGGAGUCCAUCUCUUGGCACAAGAACAAGAGCACAGUGAUGGGAAACCAAUGCCAGUGAGCAAUGGCAGAGUUGCCCUUAAAUCUCAUAUAACUUAUGUUUGUUUAUGUGUAAAGUUAUUUGCCUUUUCUAAUGUUGAUAAUAUUUUCAAACUCCAGUCUUUGUGUUGCUGCCUUACUGGAGGAGUGGUAUUUCGUUUCAAAAACCAGGAAAGGAAGAUAUAUUUGAUGAUAACUUGGUUUAGUCCUCAACACCUGAGGCUCUUGGGAGAAUGCUAUAAUUACUCAAGACAUAGAUAUUUAAGAAGAAACAAGUGCCACCAACUUGAGGAAGUUUAAUUCUAGGUCUGUCAUUAUUAUCUGCAAUCUGGUUACCUAUUUUGUUAAAAGUUUUGCCCCGUAAGUUAACUCACAUUCAAUGGACACCUGAUAAAUAGUGGCAAUAGAAAAUUAUUAAAGUAUGUAGUGCCAAAAGCAAAUGAUAUUUGUACGUCAAUAUUCAUAAAUGACAAACAUUUGACUAGGUUUAACUAUUGACAUUAUAGAACCAGCACCCAAAUGAUCCACUGGCAUACUGUUAGAAAUUUGAUUCAUAGCGAUGUAAAAGAAUAAUAUCAAAAAAUAAAUUUCAAGCAAAAAUGCAGAUCUGUUAGUAACAAGCAGAAAUUAUGAAGCUAAAUUACUUCUGUGAGUGUACAAGAGACUUGCUGGAUUGUGGUGAUUGCAUUAUUUAGUGUUUGCUUUCUUCCCACAUCUGGUUUAAAAACUAAUAUAGUUGUAUACCACUGAAGCUGAAAGAAUUUCUGUUAUUUGGGACUUCACAUUUGAAGUAAAAAUUAAGCAUUUACGAAGUAGUGUCUAAUUUGAGUUUCAUGAUAAGGAUUGUGCUGUAAUGCAUGAUAUAUUAUUGUUCAGAUUAUCACUCCAGAGCUAGAAAUCUAAAUUAAAAUGCACUUUAUGAUAUAAUAAAAUUGCUGAUCGUGUCUUAACACUGCAGAAAAUUAUUUGCAAGUGUUUUAUAUUAUUUGCAAAUAAACCUUUUGUUUGUAACCAGAUUUCAAGAACAAAUGAGUAUUUAUUGUAGACUGUUAUUACAGAAAUGUAAUUAUGAAUAAAAAUUUAGUAAUAAAAAGUGCAUGUACAA